UCUGUGACAGUGUUAAGAAACCUACCAACUUCAAGAUGAAUUUGUUGGGGAAAUUCGGAAUGGUGUUUCUUAUAACUAUUAAUAUAGUAUUUGUGAUUUUUGGAAUAGCUAUGAUGGCGGCAGGUAUUGCAAUCCAAGCGAAAGGAGGCGAAUAUUUACAAUCUUAUCUCCCUUUGCUAGACAAUAUAGAAAUAGGAAAUACCCGGAUGGGAUUCUUACUUCGAGCAGUAGCCGGAAUCGUCAUAGCAACCGGGAUCUUUUCCAUAGUUGUGUCUCUGAUGGGUAUUGUUGGAGCUUGUAAAAGACUGGUAGUGUUGCUCAUCAUCUAUGGCGUGAUUAUAAUAGUUCUAUUAGUUUUGGAAGUUACCGUUCUGGGAGUUUCUUUCCAAAUAAAACAAGAAUUCCAAGGAAACUUGAGACAGAAGAUGUUACAGUUGAUUCAAAACUAUGAAGGCGAUUUUGGGAGUAUUCUCACAACCGCUUGGAAUUUCCUGUUUCUCACAUUUCAAUGUUGUGGUGUAAAUCAACAAAUCCAAGUCAACGAUUUUAUAUCAACAUUAUGGUGGACUACACCUGCAAGAGGUCCACGGGUAGUCCCAACUUUUUGUUGUAAAGGAGCUACACCAGACAGCGCUACUACAGCUUUCGUUCAACCAUGUACAUUGGCUGUUAAUCCUGCUACGAGCUAUGUCGAUAGGGGUUGUUAUGACAUAUUGAAUCAACUCUUGGACCAAUACACAAGUGCCUUUAUCGCCAUCUGUAUAUUAAUUCUUAUUGUACAGAUUAUCGCUGCUGCUACAUCGUUUAUUUUGGUUUCACAGAUUCGCAAAGAAGACAAUGAGUUAUCCGAUAAGAAUUGAAACACCGAAUUCAUAUUUAUCAUAAAUCCAGGUCAUAACACAAGAGAUUUAUAUAGAAUUUCGCAGACAAUGUGAUUGUGAUUGCCUUCUGUGUUUGUAUAGAUAUCAGCGGUCAUUGGUAAAAAAAAAUAAACUGUUGUUUCAUGCCAAAUAAUAGAUGUAUUGUACACUGCUACAAAGCUGUUGGGAUUGUGGUUUGGUUGACUUUAACUGCUCACGUUAUAAUGGUAUGUUGGUAUCAUGGAGCUUCAAGAACAGACCAGAAACUUAUAGAUAUAUUGAUAUUUUGAAAUCUUUGAUUUUUUUUUUACUUUCAAACUUUAGUAUAUUUGUAACUUUUAUUCGUGUAUCAUUUCAGUAAUAUAUAAUAUAAAUAUUUUAGGAAUAUGAAUACUUGAAUUUUUAUAUGUUAAUAGUCCUAUGUCGAAGGCUUAUAAAGCAAUGUAUUAUUUAGCUCAAACUGAUACAUUCUUAUACAACAACCAACUUACAAUGGUGGGUUCUUAAGAAACUUAAGCUGUGCAAUUUCUUUCAAGCACCUUGAGCUUUUAACAAUAUGUGUGAUAAUUGUUUAAAUGUUGUAAUUGUUUGUUUUUAUGUAUAUGUAUAUAUAAUUGUACAAUAAUUUGUUUUUUUUCUCGUGAAUACGCCAUAAUAGCAUUGUGUACAUUUUUUUUUUGAACAGAGCAGACUCUGUUGCAAGUAGUUCUUAGUCCCAGGCAUUAAAAUUAAUCGUUUUUCUAAUCUGA